AUGGGCUCUCAAUCUAUCGUGCCGCAGCCGCACGUUCCCCCGGCGGGCGUGUGGUGUCCAGCGGUUACCUUCUUCCACCCCGAGACCGACACGCUCGACCUCGCCGCGCAAUCACAGUACUUUGCCUACCUGUCGCGCACUGGUCUGGCCGGUCUCGUCAUCCUCGGGACGAACUCAGAGGCGUUCCUGUUGACGCGUGAAGAGCGUGCUCAACUCAUUGCCACCGCCCGUGCCGCCGUUGGCCCCGAAUUUCCGCUGAUGGCCGGAGUCGGUGCACACUCGACGAAGCAGACCAUCGAAUUGGCCCAGGAUGCGGCUGCAGCCGGCGCCAACUAUCUGCUCGUGUUGCCACCUGCGUACUUUGGUAAGGCCACCAACAUGAACGUGGUCAAACGGUUUUUCUCCGAGGUGGCCGCCAAGUCUUCCAUUCCCGUCGUCUUAUACAAUUUCCCCGGGGUGUGCAACGGUGUUGACAUGGAUUCGGAGACCAUCACUGCGAUCGUGCGCGAAUCCGCUGCCGCCAACGCCGGCCGGUCAAAUGUCGUAGGUGUGAAACUGACCUGUGGAUCGGUGGGCAAGAUUACACGGUUAUCGGCCACAUUCAAGCCAGAGGAGUUCGCCACCUUUGGAGGCCAGUCCGAUUUCCUCAUCGGAGGCCUCGCAGCCGGAAGUGCGGGCUGUAUCGCCGCCUUCGCCAAUGUCUUUCCCAAGACUGCAGUGCAGGUCUAUUCACUUUAUAAGAAGAACCAGAUCGAGGACGCGAUGCGAUUGCAAGGAAAGGCCGCUUUGGCCGAGAGCCCGAUCAAGAGCGGCAUCGCAUCAACGAAGUAUGCGGUGGCCUGUUACUCAGCCCAGGCCGCUGGAAUUGAAGGUGCCGAAGAGAAAUUGCGGCCUCGUCAUCCAUAUGAGCCGGUUGGUGAGCCCGCCAAAAUAGCAGUUCGAGAAGUGAUGGCGGAAGUAUCGGGAAUUGAGAAAGGCCUGUAG